GAGCAUUUGAUUGGACAGAAAAUCUGACAAGAAGCUGAAGUGCCGAAUGAUGUCAUCAGAAGUGUCGAUCCGUAUCGGUGGUAAAGACAGAGACUGCAACGUUCGAAUGCAUAUAUCUUCUAAAUGCGAGUUUUGUCAUAGUUUUCGAGUUAUAGAAACCCCUAAGGCUAACAUAUUCAUACUAAAAGCCACAUAAAUUCCUUGGGGACUUUAAAGUGUCUUGGCUGAUGAGACGAAAUGCCCCUGUACAUAACUCCGUUCAUGCUUCGUUCGAUUAUGCGCAUCGUCCCAGUACCCUUUGCAAAGAAGCAGCCCCAUAUCGCGAUGCUCCCACCACCGUGCUUCACUCUGGGUCUGAUGGAUAUUCAUACUAAAAACCACAAAACGUCCAUUUUGAUUUCACGGGGACUUUUUAAAGUGAUGUCUGCACAAGCAUUCUGCCUGGUGAAUCACUGAAUCAACACAACGACUCAGAAGAAUCGAAUCAGUGAGUCAUGAAGCCAAUCACCACUGCGCACGCGCAAAGAGGCGGAUUUCUGGCUUUUUUUUUUUACCCCGACACAGCUCUCCUCUCCUCAGUGUAUUUUACGCAUCCCGACCGAGAGGGUCUGUGUGAGUGCCAGGAAAGAAAUGGCAGUAGCUGCAUGUUUGCGGUGUGAGUGUUGCGGGCGCUGUGUGCGGAGAGGAGCGACAUGACCGCGAGCCGCAGCAGCAGCAGCAGCAGCACGAGCCGCGGCUCGGGAGCUGAGGAGCGGUCGCUCUUCCUCCACGCGCUGCUCGCUUACAGCGCGCUGUUCUCCGCGUGCGCGCUCUGCUACUCCAACUCGCUACGGGGGGAGUUCGUGCAUGACGACGUGUGGGCCAUCGUGAACAACCCGGACGUGCGGCCCGGCUCCAGCCUGCGCAGCAUCUUCUCCAACGACUUCUGGGGCAAAAGGAUGGCCGACAACACGAGCCACAAGUCUUACCGUCCGCUCUGCGUGCUCACCUUCAAGAUGAACAUUGUACUAGGUGGGAUGACUCCGUUUCAUUUCCACGUGGUGAACGUGUGUCUGCACUGCGCCGUCACUGCCCUUCUGAUGCACACGUGCAAACACUACGUGUUCGGAGACGGACGCCGGGCCUUCCUCACUGCGCUCCUCUUCGCCGUCCAUCCUAUCCACACAGAAGCAGUGUCAGGAAUUGUCGGGAGAGCAGACGUCCUGGCCUGUAUGUUGUUCCUUUUAGCCUUUCUCUCCUAUAUUAGGAGUGUGUCGGCGGGCAGCGUGUCUGACUCCUUCCCCUCCACGGCGUCUCCGUGCUCUCUGGUGCUCUGUCUGUUCCUGGGCACCAGCGCCAUGCUGGUCAAAGAGACGGGCGUUACCGUGUUCGGAGUGUGCGUGCUGUACGACGGCCUGGUGCUCUGCCGCAAACCUCUCUUCUCGCAUCUGUCUCGGUCCAGGCUGAAGGAGCUUAUCCGAAUCUCUCGGCCCUUCAUCAAACGAACGUGUGUGGUCUCGGUGUAUGUGCUGUUCAUCCUCUGUGCUCGCUUGUGGCUCAUGGGAGGCUCCAUGCCUCUAUUCUCAGAGCAGGACAAUCCAGCAUCUUUCUCCCCUUUCCUCCUCACCAGGUUCCUCACUUACUGCUAUCUCCUGGCUUUUAAUGCCUGGCUGCUACUGGCUCCUAUAGUGCUGUGCUAUGACUGGCAGGUGGGCAGCAUACCUUUAGUGGAGUCUCUGUGGGACUCGCGCAACAUGGCCGCCGUGAUGCUGGCACUGGGAAUGCUCGCUCUCUGCCUGCACUGUGUUACAUCACUACAGAAGAUGGAGGGCAUUGAGGUGCUGGUGGGAAUUCUGUUCCUGGUCUUCCCUUUUAUCCCUGCCACUAAUCUGUUCUUCCGCGUGGGAUUUGUGGUGGCUGAGAGAGUCCUCUACAUGCCAAGUAUGGGUUACUGCAUCCUGGUGGUGCAUGGGCUGAACCGGCUGUGUGCCGUGCUGAGUCGUUGGGGUGCAGCGGCGCUCACCGUCUCCAUGCUGCUGCUGCUCCUCCUCUUCUCCUGGAAGACUGUUCAGCAGAACGAGAUCUGGCUCUCUCGAGAAGCCCUCUUCAGGUCCGGUAUUCAAACAUUACCUCACAACGCAAAAGUUCACUACAACUACGCCAACUUCCUGAAGGACAAAGGGCAAAACCAGGCAGCUAUUCGCCACUAUAAAACAGCCCUCAGGCUGUACCCUCGGCAUGCCAGUGCCAUGAACAACCUGGGCACACUGACUCACGACACAAAGGAGGCAGAGCUGUACUACAGAAAAGCGCUUGACAUUAACCCCCAGCACAACCGUGCACUCUUCAACCUGGGCAACCUUCUCAAGUCGCAGGGGAAGGAGGAAAAAGCUGAGCACAUGCUAAAGGAAUCGAUUCGCUUCGGGCCACAGUUUGCUGACGCCUACUCCAGCUUAGCGUCUCUCUACGCUGACCAGAAGCGGUUUGCAGAAGCGAAUGAGAUUUACACAAAGGGUAUCGAGAAUUGUCCAGACAGUUCUGACCUCCACAACAACUACGGCGUGUUCCUGGUGGACACGGGUGAUGGCGAGCGAGCGGCCGUUCAUUACCAGCAUGCCGUGCAGUUGAAGCCCUCUCACUACGUUGCCAUGGUGAAUCUGGCCCGCCUGAUGCGCUCCUCUAACGGCAGUAAAGAGGCAGAGAUCUGGUAUAAACGGGCACUGCAGGUGGUGCGUAAGGUGGAUAUCCUGACUCCUCUGGGAGCGCUGUACUAUAACACGGGCCGCUACGAGGAGGCUCUGCAGCUGUACCGAGAGGCCGCAUCGCUGCAGCCGGACAACCAGGACAUCUGGCUCGCUCUGGCUCAGGUGUUGGCGAUGGCAGGCCGUGCGAAAGAAGCCGAGAAAAUGACUCUGGGCAUCAUUGCGAAAAGCAACAGCUGUAUAGAGUGUUACCGCCUGCUGUCUGCUAUCUACAGCAAGCAGGGAAACUACACUGAGGCGUUGGAUGCUUUAGAUAGAGCGCUCCAGCAGGAGCCGAUGGACCCCACAGUGAAAGCGGAGAUUCACUUCUCCAUGGGCAACCAACUCCGAGAGAUGAAUGAGCUAGACAGAGCCUUUGAGAGCUACAAACUCGCUGUUGCGCUCAAGCCUGACCAAUCACAAGCUUGGAUGAACAUGGGAGGAAUACAGCAUAUAAAGGGAGACUAUGUAGCGGCAAGAACGUACUACCAAAGAGCUCUCCUGCUCUCUCCUGGCUCCAAGCUGCUGAAGGAGAACCUGGCCAAGCUGGACAGACUGGAGAAGAAACUGCAGGGAGGAUAAAGGAGCCUUUAAAACACAAUCAGGAGAUUAGCUUACCGAGGGCUUGAAGAGUCGAUACCGAGAUUCUGAGCUGACUGCUGUAGAAGCGCCUUCUGUAAUCAGUGGUGCUGGGGAAGAAAUCUGUAAAAGGAGAUCCAAGGCUAACGUUAAGGCUCCACACUGCAAUAGUGAGGCAGAGUGUGGUGCAUCAUAUGGUAGCCUCAUCGACUCAUUGUAUCUUUAGCUUUAUCUGAUCUCUGAUCAGAACAUUUUGAAGGCCCCUUGCAAAAACGUGUAUCUCAUUAAUCUGCUGCAUCUCACAUACUCGAGGAGCUUUCAUCCAAACCGACAGGAUCAACAGGACAGGGGCUCUUAGAGCUGGAACGCUCUCUGAAUAUGUUCUGUGAACAUGACGCCGCUCUCCAUUUGAUCGGAAGGUGUUUUUUUGUUUGUGGGUUUUUUUUUGUUUUUUUGUUUUUUUUGGGUGCAGUUUUUAUCCGUGAUUGUACGAGUGACUUUGAAUCAUGUAUAAACUUGCUUAGAUAAAAAUAAAUGACACGGUCGUUUUCUGCGCCAAGAAUGUCACCCUGUUUCUAUUGAGUUAUUUAAACAUUUUUCCCUUUUCUUUUUUUUCCUUUUUUUUAAAUGGUGAAAGUUUUUUUUUCCGAUGUGGACUAUCCAGAACGACGAACGUCAUCGUGAGGAACUGUGCAACGAUUUGCAUAUAAAUCUCUUCUUAUUUUGCCUAUUAAUGAAGACUGUUUACGUGACGUGAAACGAUAUCAAGACGAUAGGAUGAGGAUGUGCUUUUAUGACACUCGUAUUUUAUCCUUGUUUAGUCGUGGUCAUCAUUUCAUUAACGAGUCCUUCAUAUACUUCGGCUGUCAUGGAAGACCUUCAGCAGUAGCAGUGCGUUUCAUCUCGUUUCAGAAACCCAUGUGAAAUCAUGUUUGUUUAUUUAAAUAAAGAAUAUCCAAAAUGUACAGCACGAUUAUUUCUGAAGGCUUGUAUAUGGCUCACAGGGAUUCCACGCUCACUGUACCUGACACCAGAGAAAUAUUUAACGUAUGAAAAAUUUCCAGGAAAUAUGAAGAAAUGACACUGCUAAAGUUCAUUCAUUAUUAUAAAUGACUGUAAGUAAUACUAGUGUGCCAAGCGUGUUCAUUGAACAGGAAAUGAUUAAUGUAUGAUUAUGAUUAAUUAUGAUUAAUAUGAUUUCAUUUUUACUCCCAUAAAGGAGUUUACUGGGGAAAUGAAGUUCUGAAGUAUGAAAUGAUCAUUUAGACAACAUCAGAGAAACCGUCUUGAAGGUAACAGAUGCUACAAAAUCCUCUAACAUACAAAAAGCGCUCGCUGAGGAAGAAAAGGAUAUGAGGCUACGAUCGGGCUAUUCAUAGCUCUGAAAGACAGGAUACCUGUAGCUGACGAGCAGAUAGCUCCAUAUUCUGGACACGUGAUCCAAAGUGUACAAAGGGGAGAAGAUGUAACGAUAAGAUGGCUGUAUGUCAGCGGUUUUUACAGAAAAUGCUGUGUCAUGCAUCACUAUGUGACUGUUGGAAGGUUUCCCCUACCCCUGACAGUUAUGAGGUGUGAAACUGUUUUGAACACCUGUUUCAUCGUGUAUCAUUUAUUUCAGCGCUCAUUGUAAAGCACAACGUGAUCAUUUGUUCUCUCGGUUUAUUAAUUCAUGCCUUGUUGCCCUUUAUUUUAGCAUGGCUCCCUCUAGUACAGACAAUUCCUGUAGAUCAUUUCAUGGUCAAUAAAGUUAAGUAAACAAAAUGAGCAAAUUAACAAAGUGUGCUUACCCAGAAUUAGCCGCCUAAGGAGUAGUUUCCUAAUAAUGUGCAUUCAAUGUAUGUUGACAAUCUUCCAGUAUAACGUAGAUUGGAUUAACACUGGCACCAGUGGUGUGUCCAGACAUAUGGGGCAGAAGCACAAAGUAUUGGGUUUUCAGAAUAUCUGAUUUAUUGCUUGGUGCAAUGUUCAUGCAUUGACUCCAGAGUUGAUCUGUAUUCAAGGUAUUUGAUCAAA